AUGGAAUUUUUUAGAAAUAUUUUUCAAUGCUUCACGAUUGCAUUGCUUUUUAGCAAUCGAGAUAAUUCCAUCACAUCGUCUUCUAGUAGCACCAAGCCAAACUUGAUACUGAGAAAUUUGUUGGAGUUAAUCACGGUUGUCAUCGAUACGGUACCUGACACAGGUAUUAGAACACUGCCUGUAGCAUUCUCUGAUACCUCAGUUACGGACGAUAGAGAAGUUUAUUUUCUGUUCGAUGCUGCUUAUAACAUCUAUGGGGUUCAUUUCACUGCUUUCAAUGUAGCCAGUUUCACUCUUCGUGUCUUUGAUAAAGAGGAUUUUAAUCCCAAAGAAUUUAAAGGUGUCUUGUCAUCAACAAAUAAUUACGAUCAGCUGUUCGAAGGGGGUCAAAUAGCUAAUUCCAUAUCAAUAGUAAUGAAACCAUCAGACGCUAGUGCUGUAAUCAAUGUCACAGAAUUCGUUGCGGAUGUGGAUGUCUAUGACCAAAGGAGUUCAAUACUGGCCUCAGUUCUAAUUGCAUUAUCGGCCAUACUAGGUACAUCAUCUGCAGCUGUUAUUAUUCUUAUCAUUUCAAGACAAAGACCAGCCCAAAAAGAUUCUAGUACUGUUUAA